UCCUCCGUUUGGCGCCGAAGGGAGAAGUCGGACUCCACCGCUCUCCCGGAGAACUACCAGAAGUCCUUGUCCGACCCGGACGCAUCCGUUCCAGCCGUCCGCAGACCAUGGCGGCACUGCACUCCGCCUCCGCGUGGAGCUCGCCCACGGCGGAGGACACGUCGCUCGCGCUGCCGUCCGACAAGCAGCUGCGCUCCGGGCAGCAGCGCGUGCUGGAGCAGGUGCACACCAUUAAGAGGAGCAAGUCCAAACAGGCACGGAGCGGCUCCCACUCCUCGACCAGUCCAAGUCCCUCAGGUCCAAGUCCCAAGGGUUUGACCGUGUUUUCAGAGUACAGCUCCUUCAAGUUUCCUCCAGCCAAAGCGAAUGGCAACUACAGCUGCGGCACCUCCAACAAGACAGCCUUCAACGGAGCAGUUAACGUACACAAAAGCCGUUCUCUGUCCAGUAAAACUAUGGGACGGAAACUUGUGAGCACCUCCAGUCAAUGGGACCAGCGCUUCAACACCUCCACCUGGCCCCAGCCGCCCAAUGGGCUGAAGCCCAGUCGCAGCGACCCCGCCCUGGCUCGCUCCUUCACCCUUCCUCCUGCUCCAGCAAUGACAGCCAAAGGGCAGAUGUCACUCAGUCGUACUAACAAGAGCAACAGGUACUCCAUGACCAACAGCAGCACUCAGCUGGUCAGCAGCCAGACACCCUUCAUCCAUCCUCCGUCCACCAUGUCGCAGAACAAGAACACCGUAAUCGUCACCAAAGUCACCAAGACAGAACAGCCGCAGCCAGCUAUGAAUAACGCGUUGAACAUGUCAGACCUCACGCUGAAGGAGGCCGUGGGCUUCCUUUCUCACCCCGACGAGAAUUACCAGGUCUGUGGAGCCUGCUUCAUCCAGCACGACACCCACAAGGAGGAUCAGCCCAAGAAGGAGGUCCGGAGCCUCGGGGGUAUCCCUGUUCUGGUGAUGCUGCUGCGGAGCCCCAACUCCACCGUUAGCCAGAGCGCCUCAGGGGCCCUCAGGAACGUGGUGUUCAAGAACCAGGCCAACAAGCUGGAGGUGCAGCAUUGCAGCGGCAUCGGCAAGGCCCUGCAGCUGCUGAAGGAGACCGACUCCACCGAGACCCAGAAACAUCUCACCGGUUUGCUGUGGAACUUGUCUUCAGCUGAUGAGCUGAAGGGAGAGAUGAUAGCGACGGCCCUUCCGGUUCUGACGGAAAGCGUGGUGAUGCCAUUCACCUGCUGGUCAGACAACAGCGCCAUCAACAACAUCCACCCUGAUGUAUUCUACAGCACCACCGGGUGCCUGCGAAACCUGAGCUGUGCUGGGCAGAAUGAGAGGCAGGCCAUGAGAGAGUGUCGAGGCCUCAUCGACUCACUCAUGAUCUAUGUUCAAUCCUGCGUGGCGGAGGAUAAUCCAGAUGACAAGUCUGUGGAGAACUGUGUGUGCAUCCUUCAUAAUCUGACCUACCAGCUGGAGACUGAGUCUCCCGAGUGCUUCGCCAAGUUCAACCCACCGACAGACAGUGCUUCUGUGGACAAGAAAAACUCCACCAUUGGCUGCUUCAGCCCCAAGAGCAGCAAAGUCCAAAAGGAGAAUGUGUUUGACGUGACUAAAGAUGCGCCUGAGGACAGCACCUCUACUGGUGUGAAGUGGCUGUGUCACCCCAAGACCAUGCAGACCUACCUGAACCUGUUGGGAACAGCCCAGAAAGACGCCACGCUGGAGGCCUGCUGCGGCGCCCUGCAGAACCUGACUGCCAGCAAGGGAAUGGGAUCCAGUGCGAUGAGUCAGAUCAUGGUUCAGAAGCUGGGCGCUCUGCAGUACAUCUCCCCUCUGCUUAAGUCUCCAAAUCGUUCCCUGCAGAAAACCGCCAUGUCGCUGGUGGGUAACCUGUCCCGGACCGGCAGCCUCCAGGCCCCCAUUGCGCGGCAGCUCCUGCCUGACCUCUGCAGCCUCCUCUCCUCCGGCACUCGCGAGAUGGGAAACUCUGAUGACACCAUGGCUUCUGCCUGCCACACCGUGCACAGCCUGAUUUCCGCCAAUGCCGAGCUCGGCAAGAAGGUCAUUAGCAGUGAAAUGUUGUCGCCACUCGCUGACCUGAGUGAGAACAGGUCUUUUCCUAAAGCCAGUAAAGCAGCGUCGGUUCUGCUGUACAGCCUGUGGAAUGACAAGAGUCUGCAAGGCCAUUUAAAAAAGCUCGGGUUUGGCAAAUCUCUAUUUGUCAACAAUGUCACCACAGCAGCACACAAGUCAGUGCAGGUGAUUGAAUGAGUCUGAGGGAGAAGUGGAAAGUCACAAUGGAGACAGAAACCUGCAUGUUUAGACAUCGCUGCGGACACACCCUCGCUUGGAGGAGCGUGCAAAAACAUUCUUUACCAGCGUGUCUUCUGAGUUCAGUCAUGGCCUGUUGAAAGUGUGUAUGGACUGCGACUUAAUCAAACAUUGUAAAUACGACAGAAAAAAAGAGAGAGCAUAUAAAGAUGUACCCAGAGGCUUGCCACAUGGUGUGUGUGUUUUUUUUUAAAAUAUAUAAUGUUGUGAUGUAUUUAAUUUGGAUAUAUAUGGUGUGUAUAUGCAUCUGUUUGUAAAGGAGGCGAGUGUAUGGGAAGUUGAUUGUGCUUGUGAUGAUGAUGAUGCUUUUGCCAGUGUUAAGACUAUUAUGAUCGGGUCAUUGUGUAUUAGCAGCUUUUUGAUAGCAGAUAGAGUGAGAUGUUGAGAUAACGCGGCGUAGCAGUGAAUAUGAACAUGAAAGACAUCACAGGUAAAAUCUACAGCAGCUGGAAGAUUGGUAGUGUAAUAUAGCUUAAGCUGAAAUGUGUCAGCCAUUUAAAUGGAGAAUGGAGGUUGGAAAUGACCUGGGGAAAGUCAGCGGGGUGAAAAAAUUGGGCCACUUCAUUCUAUGAGUAACUGAAAUGAAUAUUGACACUUAAAUAAGUGUACUUCUCUGCAAUUAAAAACAGAAAACAACGGAGUGUUUGUGAAGGUUCACAAAAGGACAACAAUGUAAAAAACAUCAUACCUCCAAAAAGUCCUGUUCAGAGAACCAAUCUGUUUACAUUCUGAUUUAAAACCAUGUGUUGUUGAAGGUAUUGAAUUUCUGACUGUAAAUGGUCAUAACGUAAUUGAAUAUAAUGUCAUGCAGCAUGCAAAGGAUUAUAUAACUUUUAUAUAUUAUACUGGAGUUUUGACAUUACACCAGAGAAAUUGUGUGUACCUUAUUAUGUUUACAUUAUGCAAGCAAUGGUCUUAUUUUACUUUUUACUGUAUGUUUCUGUGACAUGAUUCAGGCAUCUUGGGUGGAAAGACACAUAGAGCAAUACAGUCAACAGUUUCAAUCCAUCUCAACGGGCACUUGAAAGCCAAAUUAUUUCAAUUUUCCAUCAAUUGUCCACUUGAAAUAUAUAACAUAAUACAUACAGAGAAACAGCCAGGGGUUACUUUUGUCCAGGUGUAAUUCUACCUGUCCUCAUGCUAACGUGUCAGCCGCGCCUUUGCCAGAGUUUUUUUAUGACUGGAUUCGACCACGUGUUGUUCAGGUCCGUCAUGUUGCUCAGUACUGAGGUCUCGUUUGUGAUUCAAUCAGCAGAAACAGUUUCACUUUACCGGCUCUCACUGCCUUACGGCGUUUCAGUGAUCUGUCAAACUGAUGGAGGUGAUCUAAAGAUGAAUAUUGACAUUGACGGUUGGAAUGUAUGACAUAAUGUGCAUCAUCUGUACAUAUUCAAGGCCGAAUACGAUCCGGAAUAUGAGCGUGGACAGUACGAACAUCCACAGCAACAAAUAUUACAGCAGGCCUAGAUAGCAAAAUUGCUGUGGCCCGGACCCGUCCCACACCUGACUUUCAGCUUUCUUCCAUCCGGCCCACAUACCACGUGGAAUGAUGGCACUUGGGCGGUCCGCUCCUGUUUGCCAGAACCGAGCCAUAGCAAUGCCACAUGUGCCACAUAUUUGCCAAAGGUGGCCCAUAUUUGUUUUGUCAUAUUUGGGCCAUAUUCACCAUUUACCACGCAGGCCACUUCAGGGUCCCAUCCACAUUACAUGUUGCUGAGAGCACCGCGUCUUUGCCAAAAAAGGCCUACAUUCGAUUUGGCAUAUUUGGGCCAUAUCUGCU